GCUGAAGGAGCUGGAGACAGCGGGCAUCCCUGGAUUUUCCCUUCUCCAGGUAAAUAAAUCACAGCUGCGGAAGACACGAAGUUAUUUUUCCAAUUGACGGCAGGGGAGAGUCAGCCCUCCCCCUCCAGUCUCCGCUCUUGGGCACAGGCGAAUCGAGAGCAAGAGGGAGCAGCAGCAGCCGCGGGGAUCGCGGCGGCGCGGCCAGCAGCUCGGCUACCUGGGAGAGCGCCUGCCCCUCCAGCAGCUUCCCGAGGCGGCUCCAGUUGCGGCUCCAGAGGCGCCUGGGUCCGCUGCUGGGAAAUGGGCGAGGAGGAGGGGCAGGGCGAGCUCUCCUCGCUGGGGGCCCUUUGGAGGGCCGCUGGUUUAGGCUGAGCCCUGCCCCCUUUCCCCUCCAGCCCUGGCGCUCCCUCCCUCCCCCUCCCCCCCCCCAUCCAAGUCUGUGGCGCGUCUGAGUCUCGGACCAGUCUCUUUUAAAGAGAGGGGCUGCUUGGUGUGAGGUCCAGCUGCGAGAAAGGGGCGCGCUGCUUGGCAUCGCUUUAACGUUCCGAAUCACCAUGAGGGAUCUGGCCAUCGAAAUCGGGGUCCGAGUACUCCUCUUUGGGGUCUUUGUAUUUACUGAGUUUUUGGACCCAUUCCAGAGAGUUAUCCAGCCAGAAGAGAUCUGGCUCUAUAAAAAUCCACUGGUGCAAUCAGACAAUAUACCAACACGCCUCAUGUUUGCAAUUUCUUUUCUCACACCCCUGGCAGUCAUUUUUGUGGUGAAAAUCAUUCGGCGAACUGACAAGACUGAAAUUAAAGAGGCCUUUUUAGCGGUUUCCUUGGCUCUAGCUCUGAAUGGAGUCUGCACAAAUACUAUUAAAUUAAUAGUUGGAAGACCUCGUCCCGAUUUCUUUUACCGCUGCUUUCCAGAUGGAGUAAUGAACUCUGAAAUGCACUGCACAGGUGAUCCUGAUCUGGUGUCUGAGGGCCGAAAGAGCUUUCCCAGCAUCCACUCUUCCUUUGCAUUUUCGGGCCUGGGCUUUACAACCUUCUACUUAGCUGGGAAGUUGCACUGUUUCACAGAGAGUGGAAGAGGGAAAAGCUGGCGACUCUGUGCAGCAAUCCUGCCUUUGUACUGUGCCAUGAUGAUUGCCCUGUCACGCAUGUGUGAUUACAAGCAUCACUGGCAAGAUUCAUUCGUGGGUGGAGUAAUUGGCCUCAUUUUCGCUUACGUUUGCUACAGACAGCAUUAUCCUCCUUUGGCUAACACAGCUUGCCAUAAACCUUAUGUCAGUCUUCGGAUUCCGAGCUCUCUGAAGAAAGAUGAGAGACCUACUGCUGAUAAUGCUUCUGGAAUGCCACUGGAGGGAAUAACAGAAGGACCAGUAUGACUAGUGCACAGGCACAUUGAGACAUUUUAACCUGGGUCACAUCCUCUAUCUUUUCCCUCCUCAUAACAUCAUAGAAAAGAUUUCUUAUAGUAUGUUUUUCAUCUGUUGUUUUCUAAAGUUAUCCUUUGAGUGAUCUUCUCCUUCUUGCUUCCAUUUGGCAUUUGGAGUCUACAAUGUUUUUUGAGAUAUCUAUUUUCAAUUUAAUUGAGUUGGCAAAGAAAAACAGAAAAAAAAAUGUUUUGUUUUGUUUUAAGGGAGGAAAAAGCAAGCAAGCAAACAAAACCCAAGUACAGGUGUUAAAGAAAGCAUCCAAGUGUGACUGUGAUGUCAGCUUCACUUGGCCAACUCCUUUCUCUAAAAUGUUAGAUGUAAUGGUGCCCUUUUUUGUGUUUUCAUGCUUGUAAAACAAUAAAAUCUCUAUCUGAAAUAUCCUGUGCUCAUCCUCCCAUUGGGCAGCACUAACAAGGACAACAUCAUACUUUAAAGAGGCCUGGCCAUCCUACCUCUGGCCUGAAAGGCCCACUUUGUAAUUCAGUGGUCUGGAUGUCUAUUCUAGCCCAUGAAGCCUUGGAAGGUUUUGGAGUCAUCAGAUUGUUAGAGAAUCUGUUUCUCGGAUGGACCAGAAAAAUCUUUGCUUUGAUCUCAGCAUUUUCAGAGCCCUGUGAGUCAUUCAUUUCAGAAGAGACUGGGAUGGUGUAACUUCAAGAGUAGAUCACCAGCUGCAAAAAAAAAAAAGUAUGGACUAAUGGAGAAGAUGGGGAACCUCUGUUUUCUGGGGCUGCCCAUUUUCCAGAAUCCUUCAUCCAGGAAUCUGGUCCCUGAAAUGUCUUAUUUAUUAGGUCAAGAAGCCAAUAACUAAGGUCACAGUUCCCCACAGCCCCUUUUCAGGAGUUGAUGAUUUGUGUGACCAUUCUGAACACAAUAGUAUGAUAUCCUGUUGUCCAUUUUACUGAACAGAAAUGGAGCCUUUAAGGGAGAACUGAACCAGAAGCUCAAGGUCACCAAAAAAGAAUGAGACAGGUCUGGUAUCACAGUCCCCUGCCUUUGAGUUCUGAGUUCUCUGUAAUGCUAAAUGCCUUCCCAGAUAUAAAGGACCCCCGAUGGGACAACUAGUUUCUGUUUCCUGCUUUGUAGAGGUGUUUUGGAAUGUUAAUAACUCAAGCAACAGCCUAAGAGAAGCAUUUGGAUUCCUCGAUAUUCCUUUUUUCGCUUUUCAGGUUGUCUAGGCACAGCAGUCCAUGUACACACUUGGUAUAGAGCAGAAUGCUAAUUCUCAACCAACUUUUUAAAAGAGAUACUACUACAUUCAGCUAAGUACAUUUGGGAGCAUACCUUGUGGCUCCUAUAACUAUGGAAUGUCAGCAAAACCAGUUAACGUCCAAAAGAAUGUCACUUUCCAGUAGCUGGCUAAACAAACUAUGGUUUGAAAAGACCUAAACAGAUUUAUAAAUUGAUCCAUGACAGCAGGACAUGCCACCAUCUCUGUCAGCUGGCUGGAGAAAUCAAGAAGGAUUUGUUCUCCACUGCCUACUCUGGGUUAGAAGGUAUUGGCUGAACAAGCUAGGUUAGGUGAGGACAGUGCAGCCAGUUACAAAUUGCGUUCCUUUUGCAUAUACAUCAGAUCUGUAGCCAUGUGGUGAGAUAAGAACUCCUCUCAGGAGGAGAUGACUUAUAAUUAACUGACUUUGGCCUUUAAUUAAUCAAGUCAAUUCUUCAAAAUAUUUUCUCCUUCACAGUAGAAAAGAAUUUUAGAAACCAAAAAGAAAUCAAUAUACAGAGAAAUUUGUUUAGGCCAAAUAUUUAGAAAACUACAAGAAUAAUUAACUAUAUUCUGAUGCAAUGAGAGGCAGGUUGGUGUACUGGUUAAAGUAGGCCUCAGCAUCAGGAAGACCUGGAUUCUGAUCCUGCUGCUGAGACUUUCUAGCUAAGGAACUAUGGGAAAGUUAUUUAACCUCUCAGUGCUCCUAAAUGAUUCUAUAAUACUAUAAAUUACAGGUGAGUGCUGAUAUGCAUUGAUGGAGGGAGGUUCCACACUGAGAGUUUCCUAGGCUAAUGAAAUCCUUCCCUCUUCUGCUCAGAAAUUUUUAGAAAUUACAUUCAAAUUUGAUGAACAAAGGACGUUUGAUGUGAUUUUUCAGUGGGAUGUGGCCAGCAGAACCUACUUAACCUGAGGCUUUGGAUGAAGAAUCAGAAGGGCUUACUUAGGUCUAAUGAACAAUAGCUCCCUAUUUAGCAGAGAUGUGAAAGAUUUACAAUGAAAUUAAAGAGUGAAAUGUACAUGCAGCCUACUUCUAUUUUGGAGUGAAUGGUCAGAAAGGACUUGAAAGCCAGCAAAGAAUUGAGGACUUUUAAUGGACAUCAUUAAAAGGAAAGUCUUCAAAAAGGGCAUAGAAGAGUUUGAUUAAAGAGCAAUUAAAGUUAUGAUGAGCAUAAUAACAGGAAACUUCAAGAAGGAUCAUUAGAAGCAAUCAUUACCAGCUCAAGCCAACAUAGAAAAGGCACAUUUGUGGCUCCAUGUAUUUUAAUUUCAUGCUCUAUUAAUGUGAAGGAAAUGUAAUGCUGUGUGCACCAAUAAAGCAGCACAUGAAUGUGGAUUUUUGUACCUUUGCAAAUUUUCUUUUUUUUUUGAACAUGAGAUAUCAAUGAUUUAGUCUUAAGAAUGCAUUUUGAUAUACAAAAUAGCUUGCUUAAAAUAUAAUAACAUGACAAAAUGAAAGCAAGACAAUAGUAAAAGCCAACAGCCUGUUAAGGCUGAGUGUCUGUGGGUGUCUACACCUUUUGAGGAGAGCAGAGGAAAGAAUGAAUGGUAUCAAUAGAUCAGCAACCUUAGUAAAUAAGCUUGUGGAAAACUUAGAUGUAAAUGCAACAGUGAAUACUGGCUCCCCAUAUAAAUUGUCAGUUUGGAAAGAAAUAAACACAAAAGUUGCUCAUGCAGGACAGUGGGACCAACUGCUCCCUAUCACUGCCAUCAGGGAAUGGUUGAAGGCAGCAAAUAAACACUAACAGAGUGCAAGAAGGGGACAGAAAUUUCUUUUGGCUGAUGAUUUUUAAAGGGCUGGACAUUUGUUCAGAAGAGAUUAAAUAUUUGUAGCCUUGUUUUUUUGCUGGUAUAAUUCCUAGAUAACACAUUGUGGUGAAGCUGGGGGCUCUGGUGCAUCUCCUGCAUUUGUGAUAGGGUCCUACUUUCUCACAUUAACUUUUUUGAUGGAUUUGUGUAUAUUCCUGGGUUUUCCUUUUAUGGGAUUCAGAAUCCAGGAGUAUGAUUCUAUCUCUGUGUGUCCAGAGAUCUCUGGGGGAAAAUUCUACUGGUCCCUGGGUAGCAGGAAUCACUUGGAAAUGCCACUUGGAUCAUCAGAUCACAGUGAAAAUUAAUGACUGAUGAUAACUGAAAAGCCAAUUUUAUGAGAUUCUCCACUUUUUUACAAUGAGGAAUUAGAACCAAGGGCAGGAGGCAGUCUGUCACACAGCUCCCCUGGGAGUCCUUCAUCUGGGCCUCAGUUGUACAGACUCAGAAACUUAAUUUUACAAACACAUAGAAGUGGAAUUGGUUCAUGCUAGCCAAACUCACAAGAGUUAUUUAGGAGAAGGAAUAUAAUUUCAUUAUUUUUAACAGGCAAUAUCUCUAGUCAAAAACCAAGUUCAAUUAUUUGCCCAAAGUAUUUAACGUGUCCUGGUAGUUAGGUCCACUUGGGCAAUGAAGUUAGAGAUCAGAAUUUGCUUUGCGAAUAUAAAGUCAUGCAAAGAGAGUUCAGCGUUUUUAAGGGUUAUUUUUAUCAAACAACAGUAGCCUGACACAUUAUUUUUCACUCUAGGGAUAUUUCUAAGAACUGGCACCCAGAGUACCUUCUCCCUGGUCAGAGCUUGAAAUGCACUGACAAUAUCUUUCUGUAUUUCAGCAGACUGUCAUAGAAAUUCCUAGGCCACUGAUGAGUUUUUGUUGAUUUUGUUUAAGGGGGUGCGUUCUAGUGACAUCUAUUAUUUGUCAGUCAACUAUGAUUUAUUAGGUGUUUACAGUUUGUCAGGCACUCUGCUAAGUGCUGGAAAUAGAAAUACAAACAGAAAGAAAACAAAAACAUCCCUUGCCCUCAAGAAGCUUAUAUUCUAAUGGUUUUGUUAUUGGGUGUGGUCUUUUAUAUUUAGUACAAUACUUCCAAUAACCUGUUGGCAGAAUCACAAAAAACUAAAGAAGGGCCCCGUCUUAAUGUAUCUUAAUAUUGUAGGUUAUUUGUGCCAACAGCACAAAACUCAAAGGGAUCUUGGGCAUAUAGUAAUUUUUUUAAAGCUUUUAACCAAGAUUUGUGGUUUUAGCUACUUGGAUAUUACCUUCAAUGAACUCAACUCAACAAGCAUUGCAUAAGCACUUACUUUGUGUCAGGCCCUUUGCUUGGCACUGGGUAUAAAAAAAUCCCUCCCAUCAAGGAACUUACACUUACAGAUCAUAAUGGUCUGCAUGAGUUGUCAAGUGUCUGCCCUACAGUUCCUUCUCCCAAGCACCCCUCCUCAUAUAUCCUGUGACUACCCUUUUAGUGAUGGGUCUCUCCAAGCAUCAUUUCCUGACGAUUAUACAAUAUACAUAAUCUCUUGAUGCCUUUCUUGAUUUGUAGGCUUGUGCUCUACCAGCCUAGUUUUUGAGAACCCAAGGUCACCUCCAUCCCAUGAAAAGAAGCAAUGGUGUAUAUAGAGUGGGAAAAGCACUGAGCUGAGAGUCAGGAAGACCUCAGUUUGAGCCCCUCCUCAGACACUUACUGACUGUGUGACCCUGGGAAAACCUCUUAACUGACUCAAUUUCUUAAUCUGAAAAAUGAGAAGAAUAAUAGUACCUACUGUUGAGAAAAGCAAAUGAGGACAUGUAUGUGAAGUGCUUUGUAAACUUUAAAGUGCUCUAUGAUUGUUAAUUAUUUUUAUAAUAUACCAGAGCAGAAUGCAACUAAAGGGAGGAUAUAGUAAAAUUAAAUAAAUUGAAAAUACUGUAUUUCUUUCUUCACUGGUUAUCAUUACAUAAUGAUAAUACCUUGCAUUUGUAGAAUUUCUUUGUUUUUUACCUAUGAUUUCAUCAAUAUAAGGAACUUUCCCUGUGGAAAAUCCUUUCCCUGUGUAGAUCACAACUCAUGUGUGAUUUAUAGUUUUAGAGAGUUGCCUGGGGCACCAAAAAUUUAAAUAAAUUGCCGUGGGCACAUAGCUAGUAUGUAUCACAGUCAGAACUUGAACUCAUGUUUUCCUAACUGAAAGCCUGCCUGCUACAUAGUACUGCCUCCCAUGAAGCAUCUGUGAUUCAUUCGUACUCAUUUCUUUUUAACCUUCUCUUUGUAAUUAAUAUUAGGAAAAAGCUGAACACCUUAAUCAACAUAUACCCUGUUCAGUUAUAAGCAGACUCCUUCAACAAGAAUUCCAAGCUUUUAUAAGUAUGCAGUAGAUAUGAUGAUAUUAGUGUGGCUGGUGGAGAACAGUGAUUCAUUACAUCAUGAACCCAAAGGGCUUGGCCAGCAGCUAUACAAUGAUUACAGUACCUGUACUAAUUACUGCCAGCCACUGGUUGAAGGUUACACAAUUUAUUCUCAGAAGGAUCCCAGGUCCUUUUGAUAAGAUGAUUGAAUUUGUGUUAUAAUAAAUUUUUCCUACUGCUUUUCAUAAGGAUAACAAAAGCCUCUGUGAGGUGUUUAUCAUUCCCCAGA